AUGACGGUCAUGAUGCAUCGAUCAAUGAGGAUAUUUAUUUUGCUCGUGUUAAUUUCACGAAACCACAGUAAUGCAUCACCUGAAGACAAUGUGAAACCAAAUAAUAUAAAAAGUAGUACAACCAUUGAGCAUGCAACUCGGCAACACAUGUCAAACAAUCGCAAACCAAAAUUUCUGGAGUGCGACAGCUAUACACCAACGCUGGAGGAAGAACAGCCCAUUGGUACGCCGGUAUUGCGCGUAUCAGCCACUGAUCCAGACCCUGGACAAACCAUCGAGUACAGCUUCUUGACCACACCUGAUGAGCAUGUCCGUUUACGAAUUAACAACAGUACGGGCGAGAUCACCACGGGUCACAUCUUCGAUCGCGAUGAGCCAAUUCACGAGAAAGAGAUCUACAUCACCGUGCGUGCCACAGACAACGGACAACCUCGUCUAGAUGAUAUAUGUACAUUUAAGUUAAAAAUUCUGGACAUCGACGACAAUCCACCGGUAUUUGAUAAGGUGAACUAUGAAGAAUCCAUGAGGAAAGAUUUGAAGAUAAAUGGGCGAGUGGCCACUAUCUCAGCAAUGGACCUGGACGAUGUAGAUAACAGUAUCAUCAAAUACGAAAUCAUACCGGCGCUUCCAGACAGCGAUUUUUUCAAUAUCAACGAGAAUAAUGGUGUGCUCACAUUAACUAAGCUAAUUGAUCGUAGUCCUGGUGAAUACUACUCAAUCCGUGUGAGAGCCUGCAAUAUAAUCCCUCACGGCGACACUGUGCACGAUGCAGAAGUUGAUGUGAGGAUACGUGUUAUAGGUACGAAUCAACUACCACCUCACUUCACAAUGUACCCAGAUGAAGUCAUUGCAUUGAACGAAACGUUCAAAGACUACUCUAAGUCGUUGGCAGAGUUCGACGCUAAAUCGAACGUACCCGAGAAACCCGACGUUAUUUUUGAACUGAUUCAAGGUCGUGUCGAGCAAACGAAUUCGAAAAACACAUUCCUACUGGAACAGGUCAAUAAUACUGCCUCAAUCAAGCUAGGAAAGACGUUGGAUUAUGAAACUGUGACGGAAUAUACUCUGACAGUGAGCGUGAAGAAUUCGCAUGAUCUGGUCGCAGAAGCUGUGCUUAAGAUCAAGGUGUUGGAUGAGAACGAUAUUAUCCCGGUAUUCACGGAGGUUACAUCGGGUACGAUCCCCGAAGACGAACCACCCGGUACUGCUGUGAUGAAGGUACGUGCAUAUGAUCUCGAUGGAACCUCUGCCAACAACAUCGUAUCGUACCGGUUCGACGACGAAAAUCAGCACUUGUUCCACAUCGACAACCAAACAGGGAAUAUUACCUCACUGGUGAAGUUUGACCGAGAAGCAACCGAUUCUUAUCUUUUAAAUAUCAUCGCCGAAGACAACUCCCCAUCGGCUCUAUACAGAAAUGGCCAACCGAACAGUAUCUCACAGCUUUUUAUUAUUAAGAUUUCGGAUAAGAACGAUCAUCAACCGAAAUUUGUAAAAGAUCAUUUUGUGGCAGAAAAUGUACCGGAGGAUGAGAACAUUAACACGGUAGUGAUUGAAGUGACUGCUAUAGAUCAAGACACGGCCUCGCUAAUUACCUACAGCAUUAUCGAAGGUAAUGUGGGCGAUGCGUUCAAGAUAGAUGAAAAUACAGGUCGCAUCUCAGUAAACAGCCACUUGGACUAUGAGACAAUCCGUAGCUACCAGCUGAUAGUGCAAGCGGACGAUGGUAUUUUCCAGGACAACGCAACUGUCUCUAUCAAAAUCGAAAAUGUUAACGAUAAUCCUCCACGCUUCAUUGAUCUCCGCAAUGUGACAAUCCAAGAAGAAACAUUUCCUCCUGGCUGCAUCAUGACCAUACAGGCAUUUGAUCCGGACAUCGAGAAUCGAGACGAACCGCAACACAUUCGAUUUUCGUUUGUAAAGGAACAGGAGGACUUGCUGGAGAUCGAUGACACCGGAUGUUUGCGGCUAAGAAAGGCGCUUGACCGUGAUCCUCCGCAAGGCUUUAAGAGCUGGCAAUUUAUUAUCACCGCAACGGAUGAAGAUGGCGCAGGAAAGAAAACGCCGGCUACUGUGAACAUUUUUCUGGAAGAUAUCAACGACAACGCACCAUAUCUAUCGAAUGCAAUGCCAGUUGUGUGGGGAGAGAAUCGCUCCCCUGGAAUGAUAGUGAGGUUGACGGCAGAAGACGUAGACGAGGCACAAAAUGGUCCACCGUUCCAUUACAGCAUUGAUCCAAACGCGCCAUACGAGAUCAAAGAACGUUUCCAAGUGCAAGGAGACGAACUGUAUGCGCUGGUAGAAUUUGAUCGAGAGGAGCAGAAAGAGUAUCGGGUACCGAUCAGAAUCAGCGACUCUGGCGAAGAACCGAUGAGCGACGUCAGUAUACUGCAGCUAGUGAUUGGCGAUGAAAAUGACAACGAGAUGAGGCCGGGUGAAAGUCGUAUCUUCGUUUACAACUACAAGGGCGAAUCUCCCAAUACGGAGGUUGGUCGAGUAUACGUGGACGACCCGGACGACUGGGAUCUACCGGACAAAACGUUCCAGUGGGACGAUGCUACUCGUCGUCAGUCGGUCGACUUCUUCGAUCUAAAUCGGGACACAGGCAUGAUCACAAUGCUACAAGGUACACGUGGUGGAGAGUAUGAGCUAAACUUCCAUGUGAUUGAACAGUCGAGCUACUUUCCGCGCCACAACGUCACGGCUAAAGUAAUAGUAACAGUGAAAGAGAUCCCCGAGGAAGCAGUCGAUAAGAGUGGAUCGAUCCGUUUCUAUAACGUAACGGCGGAGGAGUUCGUGUCGCGUACACCAGGCCAACUCACUACGCCGAAAGAUCGACUGCAAGCGAGCAUUGCGAACACUCUCAACGUGAGUCGCGAGAAUGUGGAUGUGUUCACUGUCCUAAAGCGCGACAAUGCCAACGGAACAUUCUUGGAUGUACGGUUUUCAGCCCAUGGUAGUCCUUAUUAUGCACCUGAGCGACUCAACGGAAUGCUCGGCUAUCGACUUCGACAGCUGGAAGAGGAUGUAGGGCUGUCGGUGUUAAUGGUGGGAAUCGACGAGUGCAUCGAAGAGGGUCGCAACUGUGAACUAUCGUGCAAGAAUACACUCUACAAAUCGAACGUCCCGAUCGCAGUUUACACUAACACCAGUUCAUUUGUGGGUGUGAAUGCCUUCGUACAGGCGGAGUGCGUAUGCGAGGUUCCUCCCCCAUCGCUGACAUGUCUAAACGGAGGCUUCCUGGUAAACGAUCAGUGUUCCUGUCUAGCAGGCUUCGAAGGUCCUCGUUGCGAGAUGCUUGGCAUCUGUUUCUAUGGUAGUGGGUAUGCUCUUUAUCCACCGAUCAGUCCCUGUAACAUGACGCGAAUAAGUCUAGAGCUGUCACCGCACCUGGAAGAUGGCUUGGUGAUGUACAUUGGACCGCUUAACUAUAAUUCUGGUCUGCCUGUGCAAGAUUUCCUGGCAUUAGAACUCGUCAAAGGAUUUCCAGUAUUACUGCUCGAUUAUGGCAGCGGUACUAUCCGGAUCGAACAUCGCCAUCGGUUCCCCCAGGGCAAACCAUUCACCGUAGAAAUUGUACUGCAGCCUCAAACGAUCGAGAUGAUUGUGGACAACUGCAAGUUGUCCACGUGCAUGAGUCUGGAUGCACCGAAAGGACCAAACCGUUUCUUGAACGUAAACGCUCCGCUUCAGCUAGGAGGUGCAUCCGUCAAUCUGACUUAUAUCGGAUCAUUGUUCAACUGGACGUACGUACCACAGGACAAAGGUUUCAGCGGCUGUUUAAGAAACCUCACCAUCAACGAACGCACGUUCGAUCUUGGACUGCCGAGCCUGUCGAAAAAUGCCGAUCAGGGAUAUCACAGGAUUCUGGCAUCCGCGCAGUUAUUUGACAUCAGUUCAUACUUGCUGCUCGCAAUCAUCUUGUGCAUCGCGUUUUUGAUGAUACUGCUAGUUGUGAUAAUAACUCAGAAGAAGCAUGAGGAUGCGUGGUACGAUAAGGAAAUUAACUGUUUAUCCGGCACGGUUAUUGAAUACGAGGAGGAGGGUGGAGGAGAAUGUGAUUGUAUCUACAACCUCGACAUGCUUGUUAAGCCUUUUCCCUGUGAAACACAGUACAUCCAUUUUCAAGAUGUUGACAUGCUUCUCGCAAACAAAUUAUAUCAGUGCGAAAAUGAUACUUACGUCUAUCCGAUCGACGACUUACGUUGUUAUGCUUACGAAGGAGAUGAAGAGAUUAGUUAUCAAUCACUAUCCAGUCUCACAACAUACUCCGAUGAGAGUGAGGUCCAGCUGCAAUAUCUUCCUACCUAUUUUCAAUUACUUGCUCAAGUGUAUAACGAGGAAUCAUCCGAUCCUGACGACUAA